UUUUCAAAUAUUGGUUUUAUCAGUAGUAUCUUGGGAAAAUGUUUCAGGUGGGCAGACAGCAUGAAAGUCGAUGGAAAAGUAUUUGAUCAUCCCUUUGUUCAGGCAAUAUGCAUGUUUAUUGGCGAGUUUUCGUGCCUUAUAGUCUUCUUUAUUGUUUUCUACUAUCGGAAGCGAAUUUGGGUACGAGGAGUUUCAGAGGAAAUAAUCAGGAGUUCAGAGCCGUCUUUACCAAAUUUUAAUGCAUUUUUGUUUGCCAUACCAGCUUGCUGUGAUGUGGUUGGAACGUCGUUGAUGUAUGUAGGGCUAAAUUUGACUCAAGCAUCAUCCUACCAAAUGUUAAGGGGUGCCGUUAUUAUAUUUACUGGUCUCUUUUCUGUGGCAUUUCUUGGUUCGCGUUUGCAGGGAUUUAGAUGGUUGGGUAUGGGCUUUGUUACUGUUGGUCUUGUUAUUGUUGGUGUAACUGAUUUGAUCUUUGGAAACAGCAGUAAAGAUGAUGUUAACGGCAUCAUAACAGGUGAUCUGCUGAUAGUAAUGGCCCAAAUUGUAGUGGCAAUUCAAGUAGUAGUCGAACAAAGGUUGCUAAAGCAGUAUGACGUUCCUCCUUUGUUAGCAGUUGGAUUAGAAGGACUGUUCGGCAUGUCUGUUUCUACAUUCCUUUUGAUUCCGAUGUAUUUUAUUCAUGUUCCUGCUACGUUUUCAAAAAAUCCUUACCAUCGACUCGAAGACGUGUUUGAUGCCAUACAGGAAGUAAAAGAUAAUCCAAAUAUUGCUAUGGCUUUAGGCUUAACUAUCGUCAGCAUUGCGUUCUUUAAUUUCUUUGGAAUUACCGUGACAAAGGAGCUUUCUGCAACAACUCGGAUGGUUCUUGACAGUGUAAGAACUCUGGUGGUUUGGCUGUUUUCACUCUACUUAUUUGACCAGAAGUUUAUUGCUUGGCAGGUACGGAAUAACCCUCAGUUAAUUUUUUUUUUGGUACUCUGCCUUUUUAUUUUAUAUUUCGAUUUUUAUGGAAAUGGUCUUUCUUUGGUUAGUCGUACCGUUUGCUUUGCUUUUUUUUUGUCUUCUCUUAUAGAUGAAGAGGAAGAGCAUUAG